AUGUCCUGGGAAGGGUUUAAAAAAGCGAUUAACCGUGCCGGUAACAGCGUGCUAGUGAAAAAUGUAGACAAGACGCACGAUAAGGACUACGAUAUGGAGGAACGUCGUUACCGGGUGCUCGAGAAAGCCGGUAAGGAGCUACAGAAGGAAGCCAAGGGUUAUUUGGACUCUUUGAGAGCCGUUACUGCGUCACAAGUGACGAUUGCGGAGGUUAUUUCCGACUUGUACGACGACUCGAAGGCGACCAGCACAUCAGCAAACAACGUGGGGAACUACUACUUGCAGUGUGUGCGGGAUUUCGACUCUGAGACGGUGAAACAGUUGGAUGGGCCAUUCAGAGAGACGGUUUUGGAGCCAAUCACGAAGUUUUCGACGUACUUCGAAGAGAUCGAGACAGCAAUUAAGAAGCGUGAACACAAGAAGCAGGAUUACGAUGCGGCCAAGGCCAAGGUCCGUAGGCUUGUCGAUAAGCCAUCCAAGGAUGCCAGCAAGCUUCCUCGUGCGGAAAAGGAGUUGGCGUUUGCGAAGGAUAUCUUUGACAACUUGAACGACCAAUUGAAGACGGAGUUGCCCCAGCUCGUGUCGCUCAGAGUGCCCUACUACGACCCAAGUUUCGAGGCGCUCGUCAAGAUCCAGCUCCGUUUCUGUACCGAGGGAUACACCCGUUUGGCCCAGAUCCAGCAGUACCUCGACCAGCAGUCACGUGACGAUUAUGCCAACGGGCUGCUCGACCAAAAGAUCGACGAUCUUCUCCAGCAGAUGGCGAACCUCAACAUCUGUGCGCUCGGCGUGAAAUAG